CGUGUAGCACCGAACAGGCCGGUUCCGGUUCCUCCUCCUUCAUGCUUCACGGUCGAUCCGCCCCGAGCUCGCCCUGCUGACCUACCCCCUCACGAGAAGACGUGGCCGGUGUUGAAGAGGAGAAAACAGUGAAACUCUCGUGUCGGACUCAAGGCUGCAGCUGGAAACGUUCAACGUCCUGAUCUGAUUCUCUUUAACGGCCGAACAAAAGUAGCACGAGGAUGGAUCCGCUGGUGGCUGCGAUUGACCAGGGCACGAGCUCGACGAGGUUUCUGGUGUUCAACGCAAAAACAACUGAGCUCAUCAGUCAGCACCAAGUCGAGAUCAACCAGAGCUUCCCAAAGGAGGGCUGGGUGGAGGAGGACCCUAAAGAGAUCAUGCAGUCUGUGUACGAGUGCAUGGAGAGGACCUGUGAGAAACUCUGUCAGCUUAACGUUGACAUCUCCAACAUAAAGGCGGUGGGAGUGACCAACCAGAGAGAGACGACCCUGGUUUGGGACAAAGAGACCGGAGAGCCGCUCUACAACGCCAUUGUCUGGCUGGACCUACGCACACAGUCCACGGUGGAGGGGCUCAUCAACAAAGCUCCGGGAAAGAACAAGAACCACCUCAAGCACAAGACCGGCCUUCCCAUCAGUACGUACUUCAGUGCUGUGAAGCUGCGAUGGCUGCUGGACAAUGUGGACGAAGUGAAGCAGGCAGUGCUGAGCGAGCGCGCCAUGUUUGGCACAGUGGACUCCUGGAUCAUCUGGUGUCUGACAGGGGGCAGGAGCGGAGGAGUCCACUGUACAGACGUCUCAAACGCCAGUCGCACCAUGCUCUUUAAUAUUCACACCAUGAACUGGGAUCCUGAACUCUGCAGGUACUUUGACGUCCCGAUGGAGAUCCUCCCCAGAGUCAGGAGCUCCUCUGAAAUAUACGGCUUCAUGAAAUCCGGCUCUCUUGCAGGAGUUCCGAUCUCAGGGUGUCUUGGUGAUCAGUCAGCUGCUCUGGUUGGUCAGAUGUGCUUAAGCGAGGGCCAGGCCAAAAACACGUAUGGGACGGGUUGCUUUCUGCUCAGGAACACAGGGACGGAGCCCGUCAUGUCAGAUCACGGCCUGCUGACCACUGUCGCCUACAAGAUGGGAAAAGACGAGCCUGCCUGCUAUGCUCUGGAGGGUUCAGUCGCCAUCGCAGGGGCUGUGGUACGGUGGCUGAAGGACAACAUGGGGAUUGUGAAGUCCUCCUCAGAGAUCGAGACUCUAGCAGCUGCAGCAGGCUCGUCUUACGGCUGCUACUUCGUGCCGGCCUUCUCCGGGCUCUAUGCCCCCUACUGGGAGCCGAGUGCAAGAGGCAUCAUCUGCGGCCUCACUCAGUUCACAAACAGGAACCACUUGGCUUUCGCAGCACUGGAGGCCGUUUGUUUUCAGACCAGAGAGAUCCUGGAUGCGAUGAACCAGGACAGCGGCGUUCCCCUGACUCAGCUGCAGGUGGACGGAGGCAUGACGGGCAACAGAUUACUGAUGCAGCUGCAGGCAGACAUCCUCUGCAUGCCCGUAGUCCGACCCACCAUGGCAGAGACCACAGCUCUGGGUGCAGCCAUGGCAGCAGGGGCAGCAGCAGGAAUUGACGUGUGGAGUCUGAAUGCCGGUCACCUCCCACACGUCACAAGAGAGAAAUACGAACCUCAGAUCAACUCUGAAGAGAGCGAGUUCCGCUUCGCUCGCUGGAAGAAAGCCGUCCAGAAAGCCAUGAACUGGGAGACCACAGAGCCGUGCUGCACUUCCAACGGUAUAGGAAAGAAGAUGAACGGCGCCCCCUGGGGGGUCCCUCCUACCCCUCCCCCCACCAGAGCUGACCCCUAAGAUCACCAGCAGUGAUUGUGGUACGAGGCCUUCACAGGAAUACGGACGUUGGCUAUGGAGAAAAACUGAAAGAAGAAGACGCUCACAGCUUCUAAAGGACGUGACGGCUGCACGAGUCGAUUUGCAGCCUGGUAGCAGGAGCAUCACACCGCUGUAACAUAACUGAAACCCUCAACCUUGAGUGCCUGCUGAAUGAAGAGCUUUUAGAAACAGCUGUGGAACCUUUUUUGUCUUCCUUUUCUACACAAAAAGGUGUUUUUAAAGCAGUCUCUAAAAACUACAUAAGUACCCUCUUGUAUUGUAACGUUAGAGACAAUCAGGUGUUUGUAGUCAUAAGUAAGGAGUUGCACUAUUGUACCUCAUCACUGUAACAAAAAGGGACACUGCAAUGUUUAGUUUUUAACAUUUGCACUGUACAGUGUUGGUAUUUCUACUUUUUCCUACUAACUUUGGGGUUUACUCGAUCUCAAGUGGAGCUCUGAAAAUGGUUACUACUCAGCGUACGUCCUUUGUAAAGCCGGGUUUGUUUCUGGAUGAAAUGAAGAGGAAUCAGAUCGACACAUUUGAGUCACAAUAAUCAACCACUGGAUGUUUUUAAUGAGCUUCGAGUCUUUCAGGUUGAGGAGAAAAGAAGAAAGUUUGACAUGUUUUCCAUCUGGACUCCGAUAUGGAGUGGACACUUUGCAGGCUCUCAACAGCACUUUAUAAUGUAUCCUGUGUACGGAGAGGAUGGAUAGGAGAGCCAUGCAUGUUUUUCUUUUUUAAAGGGAGGAGUGUUUUUAACCUGAUUGUUUUAAGAAGGGAUUUUAUGUGAAUGUCGAGGAAACCAAGUAUCCUUAUAUGCAGUCAAUUAAGGGAGUACUGGUGCUUUCACACUGGGCCCUAUUUUUAAUACUCUAGGUCCCAAAAGAUAAAACUGCUUCAGCCAUGACACUGGCUCUGAUGUUAUUCCAGCGCCCAGUUAUUCAGAAGGUUUAAUCUGGAUUAACUAGUCCACUUUUUCCAACCAGGAUCAGGUAAUCCAGUCUGGUUUUUCAAAGAAAAAAGCCUACAAGGUUCAAACUGAUCCAGAUGCAUAUUUUAAGGACCACCAGAUCUGAAUUAUUGGUGCUCUAAAGGGACUUCACAGUACCUAUUUUAUCGCACCAAAGCAUACACAAGCCAAACAAUCAAAUGCUUUGUGUUUGAGCCUUAAAGAUACCUGGGGGAUUAUUUUUUACAACACUACCUUUUGUAUACUUUUUCAAAACCUGGAAUUGAAGUAUAAAAUAUGAAGAAUCAGCUACCUUGUAAAAAUGUUGUAUUGUUUGACUGAUGUAACAGCUGUUUUGUUUUUUGUCCUGUAAUCCAGCUGUAUGCUGGGAUUAGAAUAAUCUUGAUGCUUCUGGAUCAAAGUUAUCCGGACCCUUCUCAGAAGUUUUGGACGUGACAAACGGGAGCUUUUCUUCAGAUAUAAAUACGAUUAGAUAACCUGUUCUUGCAUAAUCUGUAAUGUUGUGUCUGAGCCUGUAACUUCAGUUUGAUCAGAUUAUCUUUGAACAGCUGGCCCCUGAAGGUCACAUGUGUAUGAUCAAAGUAUAAAAACUAAAGGUGCUGAUGUAUGCCGCUGACCGGCUCAGAUUGUUCUUAUUAAAAGCGUAUAACAGCACAGAGGAAACCUUAGAGAAGAAGAAACCAUGAACCUCCAUGAUACAUUUUUCUUUUAAUCUGUUAGUUUAGAUCCAGCACAAUGUUCCUGUUGGACAAAAUUGCACACACUAAAAUGCAUAAAAGAUCAAGGUGGAGGGGGACAGAAACUUCCUGUUUGUGAAUGGAAUGUGGUGACGUUGGCGCCCCCUUGUGGACAAAGUGUUACCUCUAAACUAUUUGCUGAUUUUGUCCUGCACGUGUAAAUUCUGUUUUUAACAAGAAAUCUCAUCCUGCUGUCUCCUAAAAGUUAGAUUUAUCUCUUUUCCUAACACUGAUUCACCACCAGUGAUUUCAGACAACAGAAGCUGCUACACAGAGAUAAUCAGUCUUUACACAAAUGCUUUUGCAAGUCUUAAAAAAACAUUGAUUCUUAUUUCAGUCUGAUAAAAACUCCUCACAGCAGCUUUAAAGACGAGUGAUGCAAAGGUUGCUUAUGCUUUCAAACAAAAAGCAUCUCAAUCUUUGACAAAAAGUAAUUUCUCUUUGAAAAUGAAUCUUCUCAUGCUGUUGUCAGAUGCUUAGAAUAACAUGAGCCUUUUAGUUUUGUGCAUUCAGCCUGAAAUAAUACACUGCUGCCUUUACAGCCAGUUGGAGCGAUCUACUGUCGCUAUUUAUAACUUUUUCUACCCCAGAAAUAAGGCUGAAGUCCUAUAUUUUGAAUACGAGAGUUUAUACUUCCUCCUUAACAUGCAGUCACUCAUUUGUGCACAGGAUUUAAAAUCAGUUUUGCAUGUCACUUUUGUUCUGAAUGAAGACCCCAGAAGAUCCAGUUAUUCAGACUCUCCAUCACUAAAAGGGAACAUCUGGUUGCUGUAUAUUUUUGGAUGUCUUAUUUGAACUGUAAUGUGUGUAUAUAAUUAUCACAGAUCAUAUUUGCAUGUCUGCAAAUUGUUUUGUUUUUCUGAGAUGUUGAGAAAGCCUCUGAGCUCUGCAGGAAUGUACAGAUACUGUAAUACAUGUAAUCACACUUGUGAAAUAAACUGAGUGAAGUAUGA